AUGUCCCCAAGUCUAAAACUCUCUGAACUUCACCAAGAUGCCACAAGAAAGCCAAAGCACUCAAAAACUAAAAAGAAGUCAGACCUGACUCCAAAUGAGCAGGAACUGGGAACCAAAGUGAAGAGGACGCAUAAAGAAAGGAAUAUGGAGCUGGCAGCAGGGCUCAGCACGUCAGACACCACCGACUCCAAGGAAGCCGGUGGCACCUCACAUCGAGGGCUCCUCCGCCCACACUCUGCCGCUGGGCGACUCCACUCACGCUCUGCCGCUGGGCGACUCCACUCACGCUCUGCCAAGUGGCUUUCUCUUGAACUUGAUGCUCUGGAUAGUCAGGUUGCAAUAGAUGGAAGGUUAUCACGCUCCCAGGCCACGGACGUCACUAGUGAUGUGGAAUCUGAGGAGGACCUCCAGGAUAAGAAGCAGCAGCUGAAGGCUUCUCAGGACAGAAUUCGAAUACAGAAUGCAGAAAUGAGGUGGAAGGAGGUGGAGCAGGGAAGAAGGGAGCAGGAGAAACUGAUCCGGCUCCAAUGGGAGCAGCUGGAGAAAGCAGAGAAGAUAAAUGAGGAGCUGGAGUUGGAGCAGCAAAGGCGCACUGAGGAGAUCCGCCUAAGAAAGCAGAGACUGGAGGAAGAACGGCAGCAGCAGGAGGAAGCAGAGAGAAGACGAAGGCUCCAGUUGCAGGCAGCCCGGGAGAGAGCCCGGCAACAGCAAGAGGAGCUCCGCAGGAAACUGCAAGAAAUGCAGAGAAAAAAGCAGCAGCAGGAGGCAGAGAGGGCUGAGGCAGAGAAGCAGAGGCAGAAGGAACUGGAGCUGCAGUUAGCCGAUGAACAAAAACGCCUGAUGGAAAUGGCUGAGGAAGAACGGCUGGAGUACCAGCGGCAGAAACAAGAAGCAGAAGAGAAAGCUAAGCAGGAGGCUGAGGAAAGGAGGAAACAGGAAGAGGAAGCAGCAAAGCUAGCUUUGGAAGAAGCCACAAAACUAGCCCAGGAACAAAUCAGGCAAAAAGCUGCUUUGGAGAAACACCUUCAUUUCCAUCAAGAACUCUCUAAAGAAGCCAGUGGUCUGCAGUGGACACAAAACAUUUCCAGACCAUGGGUCUACUCGUAUUUCCAGUCCCUACAAACUCCCAAGCCAUAAGGCUAGAAGAAACAGUAAGUUGAGAAGUGGUGACAGAAAAAAGCUAUAUUUGUAUAAUAAAACUCUGGCCUGAGCUCCGUUAGUUCCAUUCCA